ACAGGAAACCCCCUCGACUGCUUUUUCCCGUCAUCCCGCGCGCCGCUUCCCUUUGCCUUUCUCUUCGUCUGCUGCCGUUGUAUAGCCGGUGGCCGCGUCGGACGAUGUCGUCCCACAAGACUUUCAAAAUCAAGCGGUUCCUCGCUAAGAAGCAGAAGCAGAACCGACCCAUUCCACAGUGGAUUCGCAUGAAAACGGGCAAUAAGAUCAGAUACAAUUCCAAAAGGCGUCAUUGGAGAAGGACCAAGCUGGGCCUGUAAAAGGGAAGCAGCUGCAAACCACACCAUGUCCGUCUUGACAGCCAUCCUCUUGUGCCCCAGGAUGGCUCCCUUCUUAACAAAGCCGUAUUUUCAAGACUGAAUCUCUGUAUUUUUUCCCCUCCUUUCACAUUUUUAUUUCCGCAAAGAGGUUCCCAAAGGAAUUAAAACCAAAUAAUCUGGGG